GUGGUGGUGACAGGGCCGGGCCUGGGGAGGCAGCCUCUCCAUGUGGCAUUCUCCUCCCCCUUCCAGGUGGUCACUGCUCCCCAGCCCCUGUCGGCCUCUCUCUGUGCACAGCAGGUCAGGAUGGUGCGGUGCCUGGUCCCCCAUCUGCCUGCCCUCGCUGUCUGCCUCACCCUGGUCCAGCUGCUCAGCCCCUGCUCAGCUGACUUUGCUGUGGUUGGACCCCCUGAGCCCAUCCUGGCCAUGGUGGGUGGAGACGCUGAGCUGCCCUGUCACCUGUCCCCGAAGAGGAGCGCUGAGAGCAUGGAGCUGAUGUGGGUGCGACCCAGCCGCAGGCAGGUGGUGCUCACGUACGCACACGGGCAGGAGGACACGCCGGCAGAGGAGUAUCGAGGGAGAACUUCGGUUUUAAGAGAGGACGUCACUGCGGGGACGGCUGCUCUGCAGAUUCGCAACGUCACAGCCUCAGACAACGGGACCUACGUGUGUUACUUCCAAGACAGAGAUUUCUCUGCAAAGGCCCAGGUGGAGCUGCAGGUGGCAGCACUGGGCUCCGAUCCCCACAUUGAAAUGAAGGGCUACGAGACUGAUUGGGUCCAAGUGAAAUGCACGUCUGCCGGCUGGUACCCGGAGCCCCAAAUCGAGUGGAGAGUCGCCAGGGGACAGAGAAUUGUCCACUGAGGCAUUGGGUGAGGCUGCAGACCCCCAGGGCCUUUAUGCAGCCUCAGCCUCUGUGAUCCUGGAAGAAGGCUCUGGCGAGGGGGUCUCG